AUGACUGCCAAAUUUAGCCCUGAAAGUUACGCGCGUGUGAAUGAUAAAAGUAAGUCCAUGAACAAAGAAGCUUUGAAAAUGACAAGAUUUCGAAAACCCUCGAGCGAGUGCGAACAAAUGCUAGACAUCGGAUGCGGGACGGGAGGCUUCACGAGGAACAUGCUGCUUCCAUGGAGCAAGCCGUGCCGAAAAAUGGCAGCUGUCGACGCAUUGCCAGGCAUGAUUGAAUACGCCAAGGCGAAUCAUCUGCACCCAGAUAUAAGCUAUGAGGUCCUUGAUGCAGGUUCAAGAGACAUCUCAAAUUUUCUGAAAAAACACGGCAAGUUCGAUCGUGUUUACUUCUUCUACUGCUUGCACUGGAUCAAGGAUCAGGAGGUGGUUUUGGCAAACGUCGGCAAGUUGUUGAAAGACGACGGAGAGUGCCUCUUUUUGUUCGUUUCUCAGUUUGUUUUUUACGACCUGUGGCAAGAGAUGGCAUCAAUGGAGCGUUGGAUGAACGUGAUCGGGCAUCCUUUGGAAAUCAUUCCGAAAUCCUGGAAUCUUGAGCUAAAACCGAGUCUGAAGUAUGUGGAAUCUUCCGUGAAAGAAAUGGUCGCAGACGCUGGAAUGGACACCAUAAGUUGCACUGUUUACCCCGCGACCCCAUGCGUUUUCAUGAACGCCAAAGGAGUUCUAGACCUGCUGCUUCCAAUCGUCACCGCGAAGGACCCUUCUUCUUCGGAGGAAAAGCAAAACAUGGGUAAGGAAAUGGCGACCAGGCGUAUCAACGCCUGCACAAAGACACCCGACAGCUGCUUUUUCCCUAUGGACAUUGUCAUUCUUCACGCUCACAACAAUCCAAAGUAUGACGUUCAAAGCGUUUUCAAAAAUAACUUUGACCUGAAAAUUGUAUGGCUGAAAGUUUACCGAAAGUACAAAGAGGAAGACGAGAGUUUGACAAAUUGUGCUACUGCUCUCUAG